ACAAUUUACAAAGCAGAAAAGCGCAUCGAUACCUUGCCCACAGUCAUUCAUUCUCAUCAGUCGCAUCGCAUCGCGUCAAUUCAACACUAUCCAUUCUUUUCGUUACCGCUCGGCUAUUGGGUACAUCCUACCCCCACCGCAAUUAGUUUAACAUAUUCCUUCAUUCGUUCAGUUCAUGCAAGUUGCUCUGCCGUACUGUUGGUGUGGUCUUUGCGGUUGCUCCGAGAACUCCAGAGUUGUCGCGCACAAGCUUAGGUUGUGAAGGGACACAAAUCGCGACUCUGCGCAGACUUCACUUUCUGUUUGGCCCUUUUCUUUCGCUUUAGCUCUUUGGCUCGUCUGGGUGCCCAACUCUACCCGCUGACAGGCUAAUUUGCAAUCUCUGCCUUCACUUCUUCACCUUCAUUACCGGCAUCAUUAUUUUUAGACUUGUUGGGCGACCUACAGAGAAAAAGGUUGUUUCGACGUCAUUGCUUUUUUUUACCUGGGAGAGUCUUCAAGCUCCACCUCGGUCGGAGCCGACUUGCGAUCGAUUCUUGUUGGACUGGCCUGCUUUCGAGCUUUCGAUACUUACCUUUCGACCCAGUAGACUACCACCAACCCAAAAAAAGGCUCAUUGCUCUAGGAACAUAACGAAACGACUGAACCUUGCGCAUACAUACUACCUACCCACGAACUACUUCCUGUCUGGCGCCUCACAAGCUCACUGACCACCGCCCGAGCCUGACAUCGGCUGCAACGCUCGCGCGACCACCCCCGGUUUCAUGUUCGUUUGCCCGGAGCAUCAAAGACAGGGCAGCUCCCCGCGUUUCUCACCGUCCGAGCGACACAGGACCCUAUGACAAGUUUUUGAGUUAGGAAGGUGCUUCAUGAAGAGAAGCUCGGUUCAACCAAGGAGACCCCGGACGAAACCUGCACGAUCAUCCAUCCACAACCACAUAACUGACCUUUGCCUACUCGUCACGUACUCACGCACCCGAGCCCGGCGCCCGGAUACGUCGUCUGCUGUACCCGUACCUACCUCCUGCCCGUCAGGUCUGUAGAGGUACAUCAGUCCAAGCACCCCCGAGGUGGUCUAGAAGAUCUAAAACUGCUGGUACAUCGCUGCCGCCCGCCGCUCUCCCGUCUCGCAGCAGCAUUCAAGUGCACACACCACAUUAGAGUACACAUACAGAGCUUGAGCGCCCUUUCGCAUACCCACAUCGGCGCCAACGAUAUCUAGUGCCGACUUGUUCGAUCUCGAGAAGCCAACCAAUCGUACCGACCGACCUGCAGUUGUGACGAGGAACGUUGGCCAACAAAGUCACUGCGCAACGAAAGCCAAGCCAGAGAUAACCAGACAUGUCGUUGAAUGGGUUGGACAAUCCCGCAGUCAAGGAAGCCCACGAGGUUGCGCUUGUCGAGCCUGGAGGAUGGUUUCUCCUAAAAUAUGCCAGUCGUGAUGAGCUCGAGUUGCUAGGACAGGGCACCGGCGGUAUCGUCGAGAUACGAAAUGCGAUCGCCGAGUAUGAGGAUAAGUCGCCAUUGUACGGCUAUAUGCGAUAUAGGCGCCGCAAUGUCAUCCUCAAAUACCUGCCUGAGGGUUGCUCGAGGCUGGUUCAAGCUCGAGUAACUGUUCACUUCAACGCCAUUUGCGAAUUCCUUUCACCCUACGAUGCCGAGUUCUCGAUCGCCUCCGCAUCUGAGCUCAAGGACACCAAGCUCUCAGCCGCAUGCUCGUUGCAUACGUCGACUGCUUCCGCCUCGUCCAUCACAGAUUCCCUUCGCGAAAGGCUGUUGGAGGAAGCUUCCGAGGAGGAAGAACAAGAGCGAAGAGAGACAGAGGCGGAAUCAGUAGCGGACGAGGAGGGACGGAACCGGGAAGAUCCCUUGAGUGGUGUUUCAAGGGACCCGGACCUCGCCAGCAACCCAGACACCAUACAUGACGCCGAUGCCCGUUCUCUAGCCGGAGUUUUGCGACCCUCGUCGCCCACAAGUAUGAUGGAUGACUCGGCAAGGCGCAUGUCCUCGCACUCAUCUCGCUCUCGCCAAAAUGAUUAUUACGGUUACGGCACUUAUAAGCCGCGCGUAAAGCUUGGACCCAGGCCUUCGGUGGAUAGUGUCGGGCGACCGCGAACAGGAACUUCUGGAACUGGAGAGAACAGGCCGGUCUCAACGAUCCCCGUAGGCCUCAAGGUUCACAAAGCCUUGAACAAGAAGAGCCGAGCCGAAGAACAGGAUGAAGACGGGCUAGAGUCGUCGACAAUCAAGGAAGACGCAGAGAACAAAUCCCUGGCAACCGAUUCGACAGCGGAUCUGGCUGCUGCCAAGGUCACUGAAACUGAAUCUGCUCGGCCUAUUUCUAGUGGUGGAGUGGAGGAUGAGGUGGCCCCGACAUCCCCUAUUAAGCUAGAAAUCCCCACAUCGGCCCCGCCGCCGCCAGCCAAGCAGACCGCCAUAACACCUGAAAAGGCACGGCUACUGAAGGCGAUGAAACUGAGGGAGAAAAAGAAGAUGAUGAGUUCGAAUUCCACGCCAAAAAAUCCUACUGGAGGUGCUGGCGAAGCGCCUUCUGCGCCAAGCUCCCACUCACUCCAAAUCUCAGAACCACUCUCAGACGCCACAACAACACUGGUGGCCCUCGAGAGCGCUAAUCAGGGGCCCGCCGAUGCUGAAGCCCAAUCUUUGCACAACCCCUUAAUAACCACUUUCCAGGGCAACUCGGGAGUGGACAGGGAGGCCGCUGGCGAUCAUUCGCCAGUUGAUAUGCGCACGGAUUCUCACCCAACCUCACCCAUAGCAACUGUUGCGACCUCAUCAGAUCUGAGCGAAUCUACGCAAGCUUCCUCUCUUUUGGAAUCUACAGAUGAAACCGUUCUCGCCGACAAGGAACAGAGCCUCGAAGGCGCGCCAACAUUGCUCGAACAGCCUGCAACUAUGAGUGCAGCUGCACCUACUGAAGAUCGGACUGAUGCGCCUCCCGCGCAGUCAGUGGAGGAUGUCGAAAAGCAGGAGGAGCUAGCGGCGGAAACUAAGGCAGACUCACAAGCCGAUAACAGCCAGGAAGAAACGAUUGGGACGCCUGUGGCUGUGGUUGAGAAUGCUGCGGCAGGGAAGGCAGGAGGUGCGGCUUUGGCACCGGCUUUGCCGAUAUCCAAGUCCUCGGGAGCAAACGACGCAUCACGCAAUGCAGAUGGAGAUGCAGACAACCAAGCAGCAAUUUCCCCAGAAGCGAAAGAGGGAACCACCCCGGAAGUCGACAACUCUGCUGCAGCCACAGAUGCCGAGGACCACGGAUCACCAUUGCCUGAAUUCCCAAUACCGAAUUCCAAUUCUUCGACUCGAAACAGCAAGCAUUUGGCCGAUGAGCCUAGCCAGGAAGUUCCAGAAAUCAUCACGCCAGGCCAGGGUGACGUGCCUGGAGAUAACGUGUCUUCUCAGGAAGGGCAAUCUGAGGUUCCAGAGAGGAGGGAAUCGUCGGCUGUCCAGACUCCGCAAGCGAGGCCAAAGUCUGCAUUUGAGCCUCUUCGACCAGACUACGAUGGAGUUGACAGGGACAAGCGGUUAUCGGUGGUCAGCCUUUCGGAUGACGACAGGCUUAUGGAUGAGUUGCAGUCGGCAACCGUACAAGGAGCCAAGCCGAUCACCGCGUCAAAGUCACCUGGCUCAUUGUCCCCCGGUGACGUGUCAUACAAGAGAAAUUCGAUGAUCGAGACUGGUUCAUCCGCACCGCGAUUCUCGAGGACGGUAUCCAGUCCGGUUAGGAACACGUUGCUUUCGCCUGCGAAUGUCCAAGCUGGCACGUCCAGGUCUCUCUCGACCAGUGCUGGGUUCCUCCAGAAAAUGGGACAACAAGACAUAAAGCCAGUAACCGGCAAGAUUGGCUCGAGCAUUUCGCAGCGAAUCAAGGCACUCCAGACGUUGUCCGGCGCCCCUGCUGGGCCGCCGGACCCCGCUCCGAAAGAGCGACCUGCUACUACUUUCUUCGCAGUUCGGAAACCCAGUUUGCGUGAGACACCGUCGAGAUCACCAUCCGUCGCCGAUAGAUCACCAUCCACCACGGAAGCCAGGACGUCAGCAAAUCCGCAGUCGCAGAUUGAACUAAAGCAGUCCCCGCUAGAUACGCAGUCCGGUGAUCGUUCCGCCCCGUCGCAAACCGCGCCAGUGUACCAGUCUCAAUCCGAGGAACAGCGUGCUUUCUCGAGGAAGGAAGGGCCAGAGAGUGUAGCGGCGGAGGACGACGCCAGCUCAACGAGACGCUCUUCCAUGGCGGUCGUCAAGGAGUUCAUGAAGGACCGGCUUGGUAAGGGCCCAUCAUCGGAUGAGCUACCCGCCGGUCUUGCGUCGCCUCGAUCGCCAUCUCGCCAAUCGACGGUCCAGCCCGCCCAGUCAUUCAAGUCGUCUCGCCGUGACAGUGCUGGCAGCAAAGCAUCGUCAAUCGAGCACGGCUCCCCUUAUCAUGCGGAAGAUGAGGGACGACUUGGAUCUAGCCACUCAAACGCUGAUUCUACUCUCAGUCCGUCCAGUGGCAAGAAGGAUGGAAGUCGUGCGUCGCGCUUUAUGCGCCGCCUGUCCAACAUCGUCCCUAACCGCAAGAACGGCGCGCCCAACAUCUCGCCCACUCUUGUCGAGGAGGAUGUCCCUGAAGUUCAGCCCGCGGGGAAGAACCCAAUGUCUCCGCCUGAAGUACGGACAGUUAUCCCCCAACAACACAGAACGCCUCCUCAGCCUUCCCGCCAGGCCCAAACGUCAGCACCUCAACCGCAGGUGCAGGAACCACCCCAGCCAGCCUCGCAGCCUCAGCCCCCGACAAUCGUAUGUUUCAUGGGCGAUGUGAACGUCCAGUUCCCCGACACUCUCCUCUGGAAGCGUCGGACCGCGUGCCUCGACAGCCACGGCUUUCUCAUCCUGAGCCCUGCGCAGAAUCUCUCGGCCUCGCUCCAGGCCCAGGCCGUAAAGCGAUUUCACAUGAGCGAGUUCAAGAUGCCCUAUGAGCCGGAAAUGGAGAUGCAAGAGUUGCCUAACAGCGUAGUUCUUGAUUUUAAGGAGGGCAGCGGGCUGCAGAUUGCCUGUGGAGAUAGGACCGGUCAGCUCACUGUUUUGAAGACACUCCAAGAUGCUCACAAGAGUCAUAUCAGCUUUGGACAAUGAAACUGGACUACCAAAACAAAUCAAAAUUGGAAAGACCGAGGAAACCACAAAAGAAGAGAAAAAAAAAAGCGUUGAAAUUUGAACUACCCCUCUACUUAGUCCGACGACUAACCCCUUUAUUCCCUAUUCAACUUCUUCUUCGCAUACAACACACAGACAUCCUCUUUACGUUGUUGGACAACAUGGACACACGGACGAGAUGGGUAGGUAGAGAAAAAUGGAUUCAGGAAAUCCAUCCAACAACCUUCACCAGCCUAUCGGUCACUGUGUUCCAUCACACUUUGCACAUAACAUCACCCAAACAAAACAAACUGAACUCAAACACAUUAUUACUAUGUCACAUUCGCUUAUUACAUGCACUCUUUCUUUCCCUUGCCUGUAUUUUUUUUUUUUUUUUUCUUGUGGAUCUUGAAAAUUCCAUCUGCCUAUAUCUAUCUAUCUAUCCAUCUGUCUGUCUGUGUAUAUAGUCAAGAUUCCCCCCCGGUUCUUCUCUCGUAUAAGUCUAAUAUACAAAUUGUUUCAGCGCUUG